AUGUUGAAGGCUCAAAAUAACAAGAUUUGUACAAGUCUCUAUAGAGCUUAUUCUCGUUCUCAUCCACUUCUUGUGGUUGGUAACCGUUAUUUAUCGAACUCACAGCAGAAUGACACCUCUGUAACUAAAAACUAUGUUGGUAAAUUUGAAAAUUCAAAUAACCUGAAGAAGACGCCAAUUGGAGCAGAAGCAGAAAGAUUGGUUAAAGAAAACAAAAAAAAAAUAUCAAGACUUUCUGUCAGUGAAGAUGUUAUCGAAUGUCCAUUAGAAAGUUUUCAAUUGCUAAAUUCUCCUUUGUUUAAUAAGGGCUCUGCCUUCUCUCAAGAAGAAAGAGUUGCCUUUGAUAUUGAUGCUCUAUUACCUCCUCAAGUCAAUACAUUGGAUGAACAGGUAGAAAGAGCUUACAAACAAUUGAAUAACAUGAAAACACCAUUGUCAAAGAAUGAUUUUAUGACAUCUAUGCGUGUACAAAAUAAGGUUCUUUACUUUGCUUUGAUUAAUAAACAUAUUAAGGAGUUAGUCCCAAUUAUUUAUACACCAACAGAAGGUGAUGCAAUUGCUGCGUAUUCACAUAGAUUCAGAAAGCCUGAAGGUAUAUUUUUGGAUAUCACUGACCCAGAUUCAAUUGACCGAAGACUAUCAGUUUACGGUAAUGACAAAGAUGUGGACUACAUUGUUGUUACUGAUUCAGAGGGUAUUUUAGGUAUUGGUGACCAGGGUGUAGGUGGUAUUCGUAUAGCAGUUUCAAAAUUGGCCUUAAUGACUUUAUGUGGUGGUAUCCACCCGGGUCGUGUUAUGCCAGUUUGCCUAGAUGUUGGUACUAAUAACAAAAAAUUAGCAAGAGAUGAGCUAUAUAUGGGAAAUAGAUUUUCAAGAAUAAGAGGUAAACAAUAUGAUGAAUUUGUUGACAAAUUCAUCAAAGCAGUUGAGAAAAGAUUUCCAAAUGCAAUUUUGCAUUUUGAAGAUUUUGGUGUCACCAAUGCUAGACGGUUAUUGGUACGUUACCGUUCUGAAUUGCCUUGCUUUAAUGAUGAUAUUCAAGGUACAGGUGCAGUAGUGAUGGCAUCGUUAUUAGCUGCACUAAGACAUACUAAUAGAAACUUGGUUGAUACUAGGAUUUUAAUUUUUGGCGCUGGCUCUGCUGGUUUGGGUAUUGCAGACCAAAUUUGUAACCACAUGGUACACAAAGGCUUAACUAUCGAGGAAGCUAGAUCUAAAAUUUGGUUAAUGGAUAGACGGGGUUUGAUUCUCGACUCAAUGGCUGAUACAAGUACUCCUAUUCAGCAUUUAUAUUCUAAAUCUGAUGAAGAAUGGGCUACGUUUGACACCGAAUCUUUGGAAGAAGUUGUUUCAAAUGUGAAGCCAACAUGCUUGAUUGGCUGUUCUACAGUUGCUGGUGCAUUCACAGAAGAAGUUGUCAAAGAGAUGCAUAAAUAUAACCCACGACCAAUUAUCUUCCCAUUAUCCAAUCCAACUAGGUUACAUGAGGCUGUUCCAGAGGAUCUAUUAAAUUGGACUAAUAACGAAGCGCUCGUUGCCACUGGUUCUCCAUUCAAACCGGUAAAUGGCUAUCGUAUAUCUGAGAACAAUAACUGUUUCUCUUUUCCAGGUAUUGGUCUAGGUGCUGUUCUAUCUCGUGCAACCGUUAUCUCUGAUAAAAUGAUUUCAGCGGCUGUCGAUCAACUUGCAGAAUUAUCACCAUUAAAAGAGGGAGAUUCAAGACCAGGUUUAUUACCAUCUAUGGCUCAUAUUCAAGAAACAUCUGCAAAAAUAGCCACGGCUGUUAUCUUACAAGCAAUUGAGGAAGGUGUAGCUCGUGUUGAAGAAGAGGAGAUUCCAAAUACUAAAACAGGUGAGAAGGUAAAGGUCCCUCGUGAUUUUGAUUCUUGUUUGAAAUGGGUUGAAAAACAAAUGUGGAAGCCAACCUAUAGACCAAUGGUUAAAGUUGAACUUAAUCCAGAUGUUCACACCCACCAAUUUUAG